GCCUGGGAACCUAGCAGCUGCAUCCCUUCACGUUGUCUUUGCUAUAUUUCUCUCCUUUUUUGACUUUUCAUUAUGAAAAGUUGCCCACAUAGACAAAGCAGAACAGUAUGAUGACCCUCUCUGCGCCCAUCAUCCAGCUUAAUACUUGUCACCAUUCUCUGUACUUCAUUCUGAAUUGAGCUGGGGUGGUUUACAUAGAGUUUAUAUUUCUAAGGAAUAGAGACCCACUCAAGUGAUUUUAAGUAAUGAGCCAUGUUACUUACAAUAAGGCUAAAGGGACGGGAAACUUGUACAAACUGACCAGGUAGACCAGACUUUGGGAAGCAGAGCCUUGUUGAGCCUGGGGAGCCUCAGCAACAAACGGAAAUGAAUUUUGCACUAUGUUGAAUUGGCUCCUAAUAGCUUUGCCUCUCCCCAUGCACCAUUUCACCUGAGCUGCUUCUUUAUUGCAGUGUAUUCCUUUUGCUCUACUUCCAGUUUGGAAUUUACGUAGGGAGGGAUUCCAAGAGGGGCUCAGCUGUUAAAUAUCAUACUCUGGGCAGAACUUUGGUCCUGGCCACAGCAGAAGGAUGACUAAUCUACAGAAAAGCUAGCUACACUUGGCCAUACUGCCUGGGCCUCAUCUAGUAACCAGUGGUCCAUCAUGGGAUGAGCUGGGUUGCUAGGCAUAAGACCUGGUUGCCUCCACUUUUCCUUCAGGAAGGACUGGAGCAGGGCAGCUCCUUGAAGGUGCUGUUGUCAGGACAGGUGAGAGUAAGAUGGAGAAAUCUGAGUUGCCUCCAGGGCGGGAAAUGUCUGAAGGAUCAGGGUCACCUGCUGGGACACCAGGAGGCCUAUGUGGGGUGGAACCUGGGGCCCCAGGAGCUGGAAUUACCUGUGAAGAUGCUGUAGGGCAGCUCGAAGCACAACCCUCAGAGGAGGGAGGGAGCAGCCUAGAAAGCAAUUUCCUGGAAAUGACUUGUGAGGAUAAAAACAAAUCCACAAAAGAUGGAUGUAAAGAACCUGGGGAUCAUCAGAAUCUGUCUUCCAGGCCUGCAGAACAGUGGGUUGUGAAGUCACAGAAAUUCUAUCAGUGUGAUGAAUGUGGCAAAGCUUUCAGUCGGAGCUCACACCUCACUGGUCAUCAGAGAAUCCACACUGGAGAGAAACCCUAUGAGUGUAUCGAGUGUGGCAAGACCUUCAGGCAGACCUCUCAGCUCAUAGUUCACCUGAGAACCCACACAGGGGAAAAGCCCUAUGAAUGCAGCAAGUGUGGGAAGACCUACCGGCACAGCUCCCAUCUGGUUCAACAUCAGAGACACCAUGAUGGGGAGAAACCAUAUAUGUGUAACGAAUGUGGAAAAGCCUUCUCUCAGAGUUCCCACCUCAUUGACCACCAGAGAACCCAUACUGGGGAGAAACCUUAUGAAUGCAGUGACUGUGGGGAGACCUUCAUUCAGAGUAAAAGUCUUGUCCGACAUCAGGUUCUACACACUGGUGAGAAACCCUACAAGUGUAACGAGUGCGGGAAAGCUUUCUGUUCUAAUAGAAAUCUUACUGACCAUCAGAGAAUUCACACUGGGGAGAAGCCUUAUGAGUGUUUUGAAUGUGGCAAGACCUUCAGUCGGAACAAAUGUCUUACCCGACAUCAAAGUCUCCACACUGGGGAAAAGCCUUACAAGUGCAGGGAGUGUGGGAAAGCCUUCAGUCAGAACUCUCAGCUCGCCGACCAUGAGCGAAUUCAUACUGGAGAAAAGCCUUUUGAAUGUAGUGAGUGUGGGAAGGCAUUCAGCCUGAGUAAAUGUCUUAUUCGACAUCAGAGGCUUCACACAGGUGAAAAGCCCUAUAAAUGCAAUGAGUGUGGAAAAUCCUUCAAUCAAAACUCACACCUCAUCAUACACCAGAGAAUUCACACUGGCGAGAAACCUUAUGAAUGUAGUGAGUGUGGGAAGGUCUUCAGUUACAGCUCCAGUCUGAUGGUACAUCAGAGAACCCAUACUGGGGAGAAACCCUACAAAUGUAACAACUGUGGGAAAGCCUUUAGUGACAGCUCACAACUCAUUGUGCACCAGAGAGUUCACACUGGCGAGAAACCGUAUGAAUGUGCUGAGUGUGGGAAAGCCUUCAGUCAGCGUUCCACGUUUAACCACCACCAGCGAACUCACACUGGAGAGAAGCAGUCAGGUGUGGCUCGGUCAGCUUCCUGAGGCCUAAGUUUCCAAGACUGAGAGCAAGGCACUUGGCAUUAAGCUUUCUUUGUAAGAAGGGUGUUUACUCUGACCCCCUGCAGGAGCCAUUAAUGAAAGUGGGCCAUCCUGAGUGCUGUCUGCUGGGUCAUGAGGGUGGGAGAGUGGGGAACAGUGUGUUCCCUGCCCACCAUUGUGGACAGAUGGGCUACGCAUUUCAUGCACUUGUAGGGUCCCCUCCCUCCCUCCCUCCCUCCCUUCCUUCCCUCCUUCCUUUCUCCCUUCCUUCCUUCCUCCUCCCUCCCUCCCUCCCUCCCUCCCUCCCUCCUUCCUUCCUUCCCACCCUAAUUUCUCACGUUCUGUCUCUUACUGUCUUUCUCUUUCAACUGUGUAGAAACGCAUUUCAGCUUAAUUAUGCAUCCUAUCAUCACACAUUUUUUGAAGGGCAGAGAUUGUGUCUUCCUUAUUCUAGCCCACCUCCUCUAUUUUAUAAAGUCAUUCCUAAGACUGAUUCAUUCUUUACUCUCUCAGCUGUGUCCCUUCUUACCUACUUUUAAACUGAAGCUCUAAUCUGUACCCUCAUCCCAGUAUUCCUAUUCAGAAAAGCUUUUCUUUUUCCCAUUUGCUAAUCUAUGUCCCUCAGAACCUCCCAGAUCAGUCUCAUCUCUAGAUCCUUCCAGAUCCACCUCAUCUGUGAAGACUUUUCUUCAGCCCCUUCUUUAUUCCUCUUACUCAUUUGACCUCAGUGCUUCACAUUAGCUGGUGCCACCAUGAGCAACUGUUAAAUUGCCUUGUAAAUUAUUCUCAACUUAAUCCAUAUGUGUGUACAUUCACACCAACUUAUUGUAGGCUCUUCGAGGUUGGAUAUGGUAUCCAUUUGUUUUAGCAUAUAGGUAAUAACUUUCACAUACUAGUGAUUAAUAAAUAAUUUUUUAAAAACUUUCCUCGAA